UCAUAAAAUACUUCAGACUUCUAACCCUAGAGAGUGUUGAUGUCGAUGUUAUACGCCGCCAUGAUAGAUAAUUCUUAGUUUAUUUCAUCUGCUACAUUAUGUUUUAUUCCAGUUAUUAAAACAUUUAUGAUUCGUGAGUAAAACGUUCGGGAAUGGUUAUUUGUCUUUUAACCAUUUAUUUUUGCUCUUAAGUAACUGUAUCCUUUUCCUGAUUAAUUGUAAUGGAAAAUACGCUGUUUCCCCUGUAAGGUGGCGAUUCGCCUCACAUUAGAUGUUCUUAUCUACCUUAUGAAUUUCUGCAAGCAAAGAAGAAUCAUACCUGUUUUAUAGCAUUCGUCAGUUAUUUAUCCAUUUAAGUUCGAGAUCACCGCUAUUGUGAAUUAGUGUUUAUUUACAUUUCGAAUAUGUUCUUUCCGGGCAGGUGUCCACAACUUUAAGCGGGCAAGUUUAUUUAUACAUUGUUGAGAAGUUUUCAAGAAUCAAUGAGCUCAAGCCAAAUUCCAACUGGCAGAGUGUUUUAUAAUUUGAGGUGAUACUUAUGUGAGGAGAUGUCUGAAACGCCAGGUAGGGGCUACCUUCCUCCCACAGUACCUGCACCAGGACCUCAUCGACGGCAGUGGCCAUCAUUCAAUUAUUUUGCAGGACAGUGGCAGGGAAAGCAACCGUUUAUCAUGGCACCAUCUUCACCCCCUCAAUCUGAAAGUAUGGAUUUAUCGUCACGUCCAGAAGUGAAUGGUGGGGAAGUGAAUGGAACAGGUGUAAGUGUUAUAGCUCCAAAUCCCCUCAUUGCUGAGGAGAAGCCGGGAAAACUCCCUACUGAAAGUGCUAGAGGUUUUGAGGCAAAACCAGAACCAUUUAUUGUGUCAAAGACUUUUACAAAUUUGCCCCCCGUUGAAAAGAUACAAAACCAGCCAAAUGAAGGGACAACUCCUCCUAAUGAUUUAGCUGAAAGCAGAACUUCACCACCAGUUGAAGAAAAGAUUUUGCCACAACCAGAAGUACCAGUAGAAGCUCCAGCUCCACCGAGUGAAUCUGCUGCCCACCCUGUUGAAGCACAAAAAGGAAUCGAAGCUGCUGAUCAUGUUGAAUCUCUUCUUGAGAACAUGUUUCAAGGUGAAACAAAACCUUCUGUUAUAGUUGCCAAUUGCUCGCGUCCUCCAGUUUUAACGGACGAUAAAGUUGUUGAAAUUCUUCAAGAUUCUUCAACUCCUAUUAAAGAAGAACCAAAAGAAAGUCAGUUCAUGGAAGUUGAAUCAGAACUUGAAAAAAUGUUUGCUGGAAUAGAAGAAGAAAAGCCACCAAUUCCUCCAUCUACUGAAACUAUGAUCAUACAACCUGAGAAGAAAGCAAAGAAACAAUCAAAACCAAGGCAGAGGAAAUCUACAGAUUCAGUCGAAGGGAAAAAAAGGAAAGCUAAAAGAAGAGAAAGGCAAAGACCAAAGAAAACAAAACGAGAAAAAGAAAAUUCUAAUGACUCAAGUACUCUUAGUAGAAGUGUGCGUGGUCCUUAUGUACAUGUUGAAGGAAGUAAAGAAGCACCUCAAUAUGUGAGUGUAGUAAACAGUGCAGGCAAAGAAGAGGAGGAGAAAGAUCGUGGCGAUAGAAGGAAACACCAAACAUUAGUUGAAGGGCGGGUUAAAGGAUCUAAUUUGUACAGUAGUACAUUGUCUUCAAGGUACAAUUCUCAAAGUAUUGAUUCUAGUUGGGUUUGUGUCUUUUGUAAACUGAGAGCACACUGUGAAGGAGGUUUAGGUGGAGAACCUGCAGGUGACUUGUUUGGACCAUAUAUAUUAACAGUUCCAAAAGGAGGAGAGGUUGAUCGUGGGUUUCCAGGAGACAAAGAAGUAUCAGCCGAACAGAAAAAAAGAGGGGGAGGUAAGGCAGCAUCCCUUCGAGCAACUGGAUCUGUUGAAGCUUUCUUGAAUAAUUUUACAAAGAAAAACAAGAAAAAUUCAUUUGGAAAUCUUGAUGAAGCUGGUGGAGAAAAGGAAGUUUGGGUUCAUGAGAAAUGUGCUAUUUGGGCCCCAGGCAUCUAUUUAGCUGGUCCACAUCUUGUUGGUCUUGCCGAAGCUGUUGCUACUUCCACAACCACAAAAUGUAGUGUUUGUGGUGAGUACGGAGCUUGCGUUGGGUGUAUAAGAAGAGGUUGUCAAGGAAGAGUUCACUACGGAUGUGGUCUUUCAAGCGGUUGGCAUCUCAAUGACGAUAACUUUCUUUCUCUUUGUCCUAACCACAUAGUGAAGAAGGAAAAAUUUCUAAAAGGGACGUGAAAUGGUAUCGUUUUCAUAUUGUCCUCGUAUUUCCAUGAUGGUGGUCCUCACAAUGAGAACAGAAGAAAACUAUAUACUGUUUAAGGAUUAGAAGAACAAUUAAUUGUUUGUACUUGUUCCAUUGAGAGUACAGUUAAAAGAUGUGUAUUUAAACAUGUAUAUAAUGCAUGUUCUGAUGAUGGUCUUUUUGAUGUAUUUUUAUUUACAAAACAUUACCAAGAGUAUUUAUGCUGUAAGUACUGUAAACAAUUUUGGAGGGCUGUGUAUAUAUUUUAUGAUCUGCUGUAACGUUAAGGCACUUGAUUCAUGUUAAUAUUUAAUUCAUGUAUAGCAUAUUUUAAGUCAUAAAUAUAUAUGAUACACGUUCAUUAAUUUAUACAAUUUAUUUGAUAUUUCGGAAGGGGGGGAGGGGAAUAAAUAGACAGUUAUACUUAAAAGGAAAAAAAAAAAAAAGGUUAAACAAAGAAACUGAUAAAAAUUGUGAAUAACCGUAGUGGUAUCACUACUAUAUGUAUAUGUAUAUGUAUGUACUUGAUAACUUAAUUGAACAAUUCAAACGUAAAUCUUAUUUUUUAAGUAUGCGUUCGAUUUAAUUUCUUCCUUUUUUUUCUUUUUUUUUUUUUUGCUUAGUAAUAAAUAUAAAUAUAGAAACGUAUAUAUAUAUUUUUUUGUACAAGGAUAAACACGAAAAGAAAAUGAAAUAAUAAGAAGCAUGAUAUAUGACUUUAGCAUGUGAGAGAUUCAGUAUUGUUAAGUUUUGUGUAUAUUUGUUGUUAGUUUUAAAUUAUCUUUCAUAUAUAAACUUAACUCUUGUACAAAUAUUGUAUUAUUUCCUGAGUGUUUGAUACAUUUCUUUCAGUGUAUGUAUGUUUUUUAGUUAAAUAUGAUAAAAACGCAAUGAAAUGGGGAGUGUAUUGAUUUAGUUAUAUUAUUAAUUUUAAUAUUACAGUACUACCUCCCUGCUGAACUCUUUCGACUGUUGUUUGAAAAAUAUUAAUUUUCAAGCAUUAUAUUCACAUUUUUGAACAUCAGUCAAUACAUAAUUUUUUUAAAAUUU